UCCGACAGGCGGCUGCAGGAUCUAGCGGCUCUUUGCAGGAUCUGCCAGGCAGCGCAGGGUCCGCCCCGCCUGCGGGUGAGCCCCACGCUAUGGACUCCCUGGGGUACAACUGCUUCGUGGACCGAGACAAGAUGGACGCGGCCAUCCAGGACCUGGGUCCAAAGGAGCUGAGCUGCACGGAGCUACAGGAGCUGAAGCAGCUGGCGCGGCAGGGCUACUGGGCGCGCAGCCACGCUCUGCGGGGCAAGGUGUACCAGCGCCUGAUCCGUGACAUCCCCUGCCGCACGGUCACGCCCGACGCCAGCGUCUACAGCGACAUCGUCGGCAAGGUGGUGGGCAAGCACAGCAGCGGCAGCCUGCCGCUGCCCGAGUUCGUGGACGACACGCAGGUGCCCACCUACUGCCUGAACGCGCGGGGCGAGGGGGCCGUGCGCAAGAUCCUGCUGUGUGUGGCCCACCAGUUCCCCGACAUCUCCUUCUGCCCCACGCUGCCGGCCGUGGUGGCGCUGCUCCUGCACUACUGCCUGGACGAGGCCGAGUGCUUCGAGAGGGCCUGCCGCAUCCUGGCCUGCAACGACCCGGGCCGCAGGCUGGUCGACCAGAGCUUCCUGGCCUUUGAGUCGUCCUGCAUGACCUUCGGGGACCUGGUGAACAAGCACUGCCAGGCGGCCCACAAGCUGAUGGUGGCCGUGGCGGACGACGUGCUGCAGGUGUACUCCGACUGGCAGCGCUGGCUCUUCGGCGAACUCCCGCUCAGCCACUUCGCCCGCGUCUUCGACGUCUUUCUGGUCGAGGGCUACAAGGUGCUGUACCGCGUGGCGCUGGCCCUCCUCAAGUUCUUCCACAAGGUGAGGGCCGGGCAGCCCCCUGGGCCGGACGGCGUGCGGCAGGACAUCCGCGCCUUCGUCAGGGACAUCGCCCGGACGGUGUCGCCCGAGAAGCUGCUGGAGAAGGCCUUUGCCAUCCGCCUGUUCUCCAGGAAGGAGAUGCAGCUGCUGCAGAUGGCCAACGAGAAGGCGCUCAAGGAGAAGGGCAUCACCGUCAAGCAGAAGAGUGUGUCACUUUCUAAAAGGCAGUUCGUGCACCUGGCCGUCCACGCAGAGAACUUCCACUCGGAGAUCGUCAGCGUGAAGGAGAUGAGGGACAUCUGGUCGUGGGUCCCCGAGCGCUUUGCCCUCUGCCAGCCCCUGCUGCUCUUCUCCUCGCUGCAGCACGGCUACAGCCUGACCAGGUUGUAUUUCCAGUGUGAAGGCCACGAACCCACUGUCCUGCUGAUCAAGACCACCCAGAGGGAGGUCUGUGGGGCGUACCUGUCGACGGACUGGAGCGAGAGGAACAAGUUUGGAGGCAAGCUGGGGUUCUUCGGGACGGGAGAGUGCUUCGUGUUCCGGCUGCAGCCUGAGGUCCAGCGCUAUGAGUGGGUGGUCAUCAAGCACCCAGAGCUGACCAAGGCGCCGUCCCUGGUGCCCUCAGACACCGCCACGCCCGUCCAGCCUGGCCACUCCGUCUCUGCAGACCCUGCUAACCGCCUCUCACCAUUCCUGGCCACUCGGCACUUCAACCUGCCCUCCAAGACGGAGUCCAUGUUCAUGGCCGGGGGCAACGACUGCCUUAUCAUAGGCGGCGGGGGCGGCCAGGCGCUCUUCAUAGACGGGGACCUGAACCGCGGCCGGACGGGGCACUGCGACACCUUCAACAACCAGGCCCUGUGCUCUGAGAACUUCCUCAUCGCAGCCGUCGAGGUGUGGGGCUUCCAGGACCCUGACAUGCAGAACCCAGGCCAGUGA